AUGGCCGCGCCACUGAAUGGAACAAACGGCGCCGAGGGCCUGGGUGCCGAACCGCCCAAGAGCCCGGGAAAGGUCGGAUUCAUUCCUCUGGUGACGGUCGUCGACUUCCACCACCUGCGAGGACCGGAGGUGGAGACGUGGUUCGGUGUUGCUGAGGAUAGCGACCCUGCCGCCGAGAAUAACUGGACUUUGCUGCCGUUCAUGGCAUUGAGUGACGGGGCUCAUGCAGAGAGGCUCGGUAUCGUCACAAAGGCAUGGUUCGCCCAGCGCAAUUUUAGUGACAUCGACAUUUUGCGACAUUUUCAGGAGAGCCUUGCGGAGGAGAAGAGGCGAGGACUGCUCAACGGCGAGGAAGACGGGGACCAGUACUUGGGAAUGAGCCUUCGCGAGAUGGUCCAUGAGUUCAGGUGGCAGACAUUGGUGCUGCUGAAGUGCUGCUUGCUACAGCCGAAGGACUGCGCCGACCCCGAGCUCAACGGCUAUGAGAAGAACCUAUCUAAGCCGACGAGUCUGAGGACUAGUGACCGAGGCUCGAUGCUCUCCUACAUGGGCUUGCCCCUGCAAGUAUUCGGAAAGGGAAGCUUAUUUGGCCCGUAUACUCCCCUACAGCAACUGGACCUUCUUGCAGACCGGAGCACAAAAUCUUACAUAGUAGGCAGUACGAACUCGCUCCUCCUGCAACAAAAAGAUCGAUAUAGCGACGUGCUAAUUAACCUCGACGACGACACCAUCAAUAUUACUUCUACAUCCUUAAGAGCCGCUCUUCAGUUGUCCGUGCCUGAUCGGCGGUGGAUCGACUUCAUAACUCAAGCCGUGAACGACACCUGGGACGACGCCAAUCCCGGACGACCGAAGACCAUGGGGUAUGUUGGCAGUGAGGAAUUCAUCCGACUGCAAUUUGAAGACUACCUUCUCGGCUUGAUUUCAUCUGUCAAGUACCAUAAUAUUCUUGUAAAGCAUGGCAACGACCCUAGGAUGACAUUGCCCCAUAUAGAGGGCGAUCCAUCAAUAGACUUUGGGACCGAGUGGGUGGAGAUGUGGAUGCGGACGGAGAACUACCGCAUCUGGGACGCGAAUACGGAAGACCACCUCGUCUCCGUCGUGGAGCCAAAGCAUCUAUGCGCAGGUGGACUCACCAUUGACGACGUGCAGCGACGGCUCGCCCAGCAGGUGCAGGAUCUGCAUCUGGACGAGCGGUUUGCUCAGGGGCGCGAGGUGCUGGGUAGGAACCUGGCAGCCGGCCGCGACAAGGCCAGCACCAUGUUCAAUAAGCUGUACGCUGACAUGGAAGCCCUGCGUGAGGCGCAGAGGAGGAGAGCUGAAGAGGCAAAGGCGAACGAGAGUAGGCAACCCACUGACAGGAAUGGCCAGGGGUUCGGCGCCGUGGAUCUAUCGAAAGCCCAGCAAACGGUCCAGUCUGUGGGCGUCAGGGCCGGCGCGUACAUGAGCAGCUGGGCAUCCUGGGCCGGGGAGAAGCGGAAAGCUGCUGGCUGGGGGAGGUCUUCGGGUAGCAGCGCUGCUUCUGGCGGUAGUGGAGGUAGUGGUGGCGGCUGGGGCUUGGGUGGAAGCCGGGGCAAGAACAAGAAGGAGGGCAGCAUUCUGUCAACGGAUUCCCAAUCUGAGAAAGAAGUGCAGAUGGGCCUUGUCAAGAGUCCGAGAAUGUCGACUUCAUCAGCCAGGACGGGAGACAGCGAGAAGGCCAGGCCCUUCGUCGAACCCGGCCUCGCCGAGAAGAGAUCGGCCGUCGUCAACAGCGGCUAA